AUGUCGCAGCUUCAUCUAGGUGUAAAUGACAAACCAGAUAUAAAGGAAAUGAUAUGUUUUGGGUUCCAGGUUUGUUGCAUUUUUCCAGAACUUGUUUUGUUCUCGAUUUGGUUGUUUCUUUAAAAAUUGUCACGUAUUUUUGGAGGGAGAUGAAAAAUCAAGGUUAUUUUGAACAUUGGGCCACGUGUGAUUAUUUUUAAAUUCUCCGAAUUUCAUUUUUGAAUUUACCCCCGGGCUUGGUUUUAGAAAUUUUCGGUGACCGAAUUAUUAGAAAAUUUUAAUAUUUUGUUUUUGAGACGCGGAAAUGAGCUCCGACGUUUGCUCAAAAAAUAAUUCGGACUUCAUUUUCACCCGUUUUCAAAACUUGUUAUGGAAGUCCAUUGUCAGAACAUUUUUAAAAUAAAAUUGUAUCUGGGUUUCAAAAGUGAACCUUUUCCAAAAUUUGAUAUUUAAUAUCAAAAUUUUUGACAUUUUUUCAUAUCAUUCACCAUUAUUAAUUUUAUUCAUGAUUUUAAUUGAAAAAAAAUUUCAAAAGUUUUCCUUAUUAUUUUCGGAAAAAAUGUUGAAUCAGUUUUUUUGAAUAUUUUCUUUUCAAAAAACAUUUCUGAAAAUUGAGGAAAAAAACAGAAAAACAUUUGAACUUGAUGAGAACUUCAGUUCUAAAAAAUCGGAAAAUUUCAUAUUUCCAGUUUCCAGUUUCCCGAUAAAAAGUUUAGUUAACCUGAAAAAUUCCAAAAAAACAACACACACAAAUAUUUGUUUGAAGCAAGCAAUGUUAUCAAUAUCUGGCCUCCUUGUUUAUCCCUUCAUAAUCUCAAAUAUAGUCUGUGCUGGUGCCGCCGCUGUCCAACUUCGUGUCCAAUUAAUCUCUGCCACUUUUGUCUCAUGUGGUCUCGCAACAAUUCUUCAAACCACAUUCGGUUUGAGACUAUCUGUAUUACAUGGUCCAGCAAUGGCAUUUCUUCCGCCACUUUUAGCGUAUCAGAAGAACAAUGAUUGUCCGUAUGGAGAAUAUGAUGAAGUUCCAGAAGAGAAUUGGAUUCAGAGGAUGAGAGAUGUUCGAUUUUUUCCGAUUAUUUUUAAAGAUUAUGUAUAUAAUUCUGAAUUUUAUAGAUCCAGGGAAGUCUAAUGGCUGCUUGUUUUGUGUUCAUCGCAGUUGGUGGAACUGGAAUCGCUGGAUAUUUAGCCGAACUCAUUGGUCCCAUCACAAUUGUUCCACUUAUGCUUCUCCUUUGUGAAAGUAUAGUUCCAACAAUUGAGGAAAAGCUAUCCUUGCAUUGGAUAUCUUUGUUGUAAGUAUGUUAAAAAUCAUAUAUCAUUUUGAAAUGAUCAAUCGAAUUUAGAAUGUUGGUUACUGUAGUUUUGAUGGCGGUGUAUUUGGAGAAUACAAAAGUUUCGAUGUUUUAUUAUUCGACGAAAAAGAUGGAGAUUGUUUCAACAAAAGUUCGACUAUUUGGACAAUUUCCGGUAAUUUUUUAGAUUUGAAAAAAGGCUUUGAGAAAAAAUCGGGUCACAAAUCCCCUAGAAAAAAACUUACAGUACCUCCUGAGCACAAUUUUCGCCUGGUUGAUAUGUUUCAUAAUGACAGUAACCAACCUGGAACCCGAAAAUGGUCAAGCAAGAACUGAUAAAAAUGUGACAAUGACUGUUUUGAGACAAUCUUCGUGGAUACAUAUUCCAUUACCAUGUAAGAAUGAUUUGAUUUCUGUUCAAAAUUUAAAAAAAAAGUUUCAGUCGCUUACGGAACGCCGAAAUUCGUUGGUGGCAUAUUUUUCGGUUUUGUUGCUUCGUGUCUCGCAUCGAUAAUUGAGAAUAUAGGAUCAUAUGAUUUAUUGGCACGAACAUCUCAUCAACAACCACCGCCCAAAGAUGCUAUCAAUCGAGCGAUUGCUUUUGAAGGUUAGUUGGAUAAAAAUAAAUAAAAAAUUUGGAAAAAGUUCCGGGAUUUUGAAAUGAAAAAUAGAUAAUAUUGUUAAAAGUUGAGGAAAGUAGGUCAGAAAGUUGUUAAGAUUCUCACAAGGGAACCUUUUUUACUCAAUUUUUUUUGUUGUUUUGGGUUAUUAUUUUGCAAUUUCAACAUUUUCCGCAAAAUUAUCAAAUAUCUUUGGUGAAACAAAAUCAAGAUUUUUCGAUUUUUCAUUUCUUGACAAAAUUUUAGUUCCUUGUUUUUCGAAUACUGUAAAUUAUGAAUAAUCGAUCACAUGCUAAUUUUUAUUUGCAAAAAGUCUCGACGAUUUCAUCACAAAAUAUUGAAAGUUUUUCAUGGGACCAAAUGACAAAAACAAAUUUUUUUUUCAUUUUUCAGAGCCCAGAACUCUUGGGUAACUAAAAUUUUUUGGGUGUUCUUAUGACCCCAAAUGCUGUCUAUGGACAAAAUUUCAUUAAGAUUUGAAUGGUGUUGAGUAAAAAAAAGUCUAGGUUUUUUGGAAAAUUAGAAUUCUCUAGGAUUUUGUUAUUCCAACCAUCAUAAAUUAGAAAAAAAUUUAAUUUGGAAACAAUAGCUUUGGAAAACCCUGAAGAUAGUCAUGUUCCUUUAAAUCUAGUAGAAAUACUGUAGGUUUUUUUCAAUUUUUGAAAAAAUUUCAGGAAUCUUGUUUGUAGAAAAUUAAGACAGUGAAAGAUUUUACGAAAGUCUCCAAAUCACCCCAAAACCUUUGCAACCUACUUCAAAACGAAAUCGUUUUUUUCCAGGAAUCGGAAGUCUAAUUGCUGCAAUGACAGGAGUUAGUUCUGGAGUCACAACAUAUGCCGAAAACAUUGCUCUAAUUCACAUAACUCGAGUCGCAAGUCGAUCAACAAUGCAAUUCGCUGGAGUUGUUCUCAUUUUUCUUGGAUUAUUCUCGAAGUUUGCCGCAUUUUUGGCAUCGAUUCCAGAUGCUUUGAUUGGCGGAUUAUUGACGAUGGGAAUAUCGAUGAUUGGUGGAGUUGCUUUGAGUAAUUUGCAGGUUUGGAAAUGUUUUAUCUAAAAAAAAAUCUAGUUUUGCGAAGUUCGGAAUUUUCACUCACCAAAUUCCGUAAUUUCUUGCAGAUGAUAAAUCUAAAACUCUGCCGAAAUUUAUCAAUAAUGGGUCUCGCAUUUCUUCUCGGCCAAAUAACUCCCCUUCAUUUCUCAAAAUCUCCAAUUCAAUCAAGUUGGCCCGAACUCAACAAUAUUCUAAAUAUGUUAUUGAAUAUCAAAAUGUUAGUGGGUGGUGUAAUCGCAACAUUGUUAGAUAAUACAGUACCCGGUGCAACGAGGGAAGAUCGAGGUUUUCGAAAAAUUUCAACUGCAACUGAAAAUGGCUUUAAAAAUGAUGCUUAUGAAUUUCCAGAAAAACUGAAAAGGUUGGUUUUUUCUUCUUUCUAUCAGAAGAUUUAAAAAAUAAAAAUCAACUUUCAGAAUAAUGCGAAAAUUUCCAAUUCUUCAAUAUAUUCCACUUCUUCCAUCUUCGGAAAUGAAAAAAUCGGAAAAUCAGCAAGUUUGA